AUUUCGUGAUUACAUGUACCUGAGAUUUCGUGAGCAAAUCUUGAUUAAUAUGUUCUCACUUUAUUCUGGACUUGUAUUGCGGCGUCUAAAAUGCAACACCGUAGUUAAUCUAUUUAUAGCGACACCGACGCGUACCAACAUCACGUUCUAUCGUUUGAAAGGAUCCGAUAAGGUCACGCUCCAAAAACAAUAUCCGAAACGAUCCGAAAUUCGUGUUGACAUAUUGCACAUGACACGUCUUGUGAUCUGUUUCUGACACUGUAUUCGAAGUAUUCAAUAUUUUACAGCGGAUAACGCCAAAAAAGUGGUUGAUGAUUACUGUUUUCAGAACCAGAACACAGUUAAAGAGCGAUCCAACUUCAUGGAUUUUCUACACAAGUUGACGAGGAGGAAGUUCAUAUCAGCUGACACUGUUGAGUCUACGCAGUUAGCACGAUGCCUCAACACAUUCGAUUUGACAGCUUUGGGUAUCGGGAGUACCCUUGGUGCGGGUAUCUAUGUGGUUGCUGGGCAGGUUGCCAAGCAGACGGCAGGUCCCUCUGUGGUUCUGUCCUUCCUGAUCGCAGCUCUAGCCUCCAUUCUUGCUGGCCUAUGCUAUGCUGAGUUUGGUGCUCGUGUACCAAGGACUGGGUCGGCCUAUGUAUACAGCUACGUAACCAUUGGUGAACUGAUGGCGUUUGUGAUUGGCUGGAAUCUCAUCCUAGAGUAUGUCAUUGGUACAGCAAGUGUGGCCCGUGCCUGGAGUUCCUACUUUGACUCGCUGGUACACAACAGCAUCCAGAAUUUCUUCAAGGAGAACAUGCCCAUGUCUGUGGGAGGCCUUUCACCAUACCCAGACUUCUUUGCACUGGCUAUCACAUUGUUCCUCACUGUGAUACUUGCUGUGGGAGUGAAGGAGUCUACACGUUUCAACAACAUCUUCACUGGGGUGAACAUCCUGGUGGUGGCGUACGUGAUCAUCUGUGGUUCCUUCAAGGCGGACACAGCCAACUGGAACAUCGACCCCAAAAAGGAGACGGGUUACAACUCCACAGCUAUCGGUACAGGUGGUUUCAUGCCAUUUGGAUUCUCUGGCAUGUUUUCUGGAGCUGCCACUUGCUUCUAUGCCUUUGUGGGAUUUGAUGCAAUUGCCACCACUGGAGAGGAGGUGAUGAACCCCCAGAAGGCUAUACCCAUCAGUAUUGUGAUAUCCCUGCUAGCGUGCUUUGCAGCCUACUCUGGAAUCUCAAUAGUGAUCACCCUCAUGUGUCCGUACUUUCUGCUGGAUGGGGACGCCCCCUUGCCCGCAGUGUUUGACCGUGUGGGAUGGAAUGUGGCUCGAUACAUUAUUGCUGUAGGGGCUAUAUGUGGACUUUCCACAAGUCUUCUGGGCGCCAUGUUUCCUCUUCCACGGGUGAUCUAUGCCAUCUCAAGUGAUGGUCUUAUGUUCAAGGCACUGGCAAAAGUUAGCGAGAAAUUCAAGACUCCGCUCUUGGCUACGGCCAUCUCUGGAGUGUUUGCAGGUGUUAUGGCCAUGUUGUUUGACCUCCAAGAGUUGGUGGAUAUGAUGUCAAUUGGAACCUUGCUGGCAUAUACACUGGUUGCAGUGUCUGUUUUAGUACUACGGUACAAGGUACAUAAUAUUGGUGAAACUACACAGAGCUAUAGUCAAUACUCACAAUUACCCACAGAUGAAACAGACUCGAACCUGGGUAAAAAGCGUUCAGAUCGACAGAAACUGCUUCCUGAGACUCCGUCCAUGUUGUCGACAGUGUUCAACUUCAGAAACAAGGAUCCCACAGCAGUCACAGAGAAGGUGGCAGCAUACUGUGUUGCAAUAUUUUGUUUCUUCUCCAUAGGGUUUGCUGUGUUUCUGAGGUUCAUAGAGGACCAGCUCAGUGCGGGGGACGGGGGAGCCAUAGCUGGGGCUGUGAUAUUCACGUUGAUUAUGGUAGUACUGCUGGUAUCAUUGGUCUGCCAACCACAAAACAAGAGCAAACUGUCAUUUAAGGUUCCUUGGCUGCCAUUCUUGCCAGGUAUCAGUAUCUUUGUUAACAUCUUCCUUAUGAUGCGACUUCCUGAGGCCACAUGGAUACGGUUUGCUGUCUGGAUGGUUAUAGGAUUUUUGAUCUACUUCCUGUAUGGUAUUCGGCACAGCGUCGAGGGUCUGCCCCAUCCCGCCACGGCUGAGAACGUUCACGUCUUUUCGGUGAACGGCCAUGCAAAGUUUGACGAGAAGCAAUUAGCGGUGAACGUCAACGUAGUAGGAGGGCACGUAGCGUCGACGUCGAGGGAGGGAGAAGAUAGCAGUCAUCCAGCGUAGAACACUCGCCUUAUCUCUUGUUGACUUUUAUAACUUAUAACUUAAUGUUAUUUUCUGACUGAUGAUUUAACUUGAUAUCCAAGAGCAGUGAUACACACGUCAAACAGCGCUAUUGUUUUAUUUCAGCCGAUUUUACACCAUACCAAAACAAAGCAAUUCUUUCAUAAUUUGCAAAUUAAGCUCAUGUAUCCUUCCUAAAUUUGGAUGAGCCAACAAUGUUUGUCCCUUUGGGGUUUUCAUGCAGACUUUUAUUAGGUUUCAUAAAGAACGAAAUGCAACUUGUUUAAUUUGUAUGCAUGUGCUAUCUCUAAAAUUGCGAUAUAUAUUAAAAUGUUUUAUUUGCUUAAAUCCAUUAAUAUAUUCUUUUGGUAUAUGUCUGAGUUACAAAUAUCUUAUAUACUAUCAAUUGUUUCAAACUAUUUUUAAAAUAGUAUUUUUCAAUUACCGAAACAAUUGAAUACAUAAUAUAUUUGUGCAUUGUUAUUUUAUUUAUUAUAUAGUUAUUGUAUAUGUUUAUUUUGAUCAAUGCCUCAACAUAUAUAUUUUUCAUAACAACACAUGUCUAGUACUUUUAAUUAAAAAGCGAGUUUGAUAGUAAUAAAAUGAAUCGCUUGAGCUAUGUUCAAUACGCAAUAUUUACUAUUUUAUCAUGUUAAGAUUAAAGCUUUUAUUGUGCCAAAUGUGAUUCUUAUACAUAUUGUUUGAUUUGAUACUAAGCACAUAAGUUCAUAAUUUUAUUGUGUCAUGUUUUGCAUGCGUUUAAAAUGUUUAUAUAGCAAAUCAGUAACGUUUGCAUUAAGAAUAUCGAGUUAAACAAAAUGUUGUUUGAAUAGACUUGGACGUGUAGAACUGAAAUGUUAAACAUGCAUUAAGGGGAUCAGUUUUGACAUAAAACACAAGGUAAUUCUA